CCCCAGGCAUUGCCCUAACAGCUCCUGGUGCCCACAGCGUGCCUCUGCCAGGGCCUCCAAGCAAAAAUCAGGAGGCUUGCCAGGAGGCUUCCCGGGGUGCGUGAGUGUGCGUCUCUGGAGCCCAGCAACGCGUACGCAGCCCUCAACCCCCUUGUCGCGCCCACCCCAGCCUCACCCACUGUCACCUCUGGAAGCAGGCUCUUGUGUGGGGGAGCUUGGGGCAGAGCAGACACCCAACCUGUCUAACCUGUCUGACGUCAUCUCCCCGCCCACCUGGGCCGCAGGUUCCCAGCUGUGCACGCUCUUCCUGUUGUCAGCUUCCGCCCUCUCUGCUGCCCUAAAGCAUUCCCACCUGCCAGAGUUUCCUUCCGUCCCGUCCCAGAGACCUGUCUGGACUCCCCAGUCCUUCACCCCAAUGAGAGAAGAGCUGGAUCCCCGUCUCCUAAGAGCUAAAGGUUAGGGGCAUUGAGCCAACGCACAGUCUUGUGACCUCUGUCCCCUGAAAACACCUGCACCCUCCAUGAGGAGCCAAGAUGGGGAAUGGAACCGAGGAAGAUUAUAACUUUGUCUUCAAGGUGGUGCUGAUCGGAGAGUCAGGCGUGGGCAAGACCAACCUGCUGUCCCGAUUCACCCGCAAUGAAUUCAGCCACGACAGCCGCACCACCAUCGGGGUUGAGUUCUCCACCCGCACGGUCAUGCUGGGCACCACUGCCGUCAAGGCCCAGAUCUGGGACACAGCUGGCCUAGAGCGAUACCGAGCCAUCACCUCUGCGUACUACCGUGGGGCAGUGGGCGCGCUCCUGGUGUUCGACCUGACCAAGCACCAGACUUACACUGUGGUGGAGCGCUGGCUGAAGGAGCUGUACGACCAUGCCGAGGCCACUAUCGUUGUCAUGCUCGUGGGGAACAAAAGUGACCUGAGCCAGGCCCGGGAGGUGCCCACCGAGGAGGCCCGCUUGUUUGCUGAAAACAAUGGUCUGUUAUUCCUGGAGACCUCAGCCCUGGACUCCACCAAUGUUGAGCUGGCCUUUCAGACUGUUCUUAAAGAGAUCUUUGCAAAGGUGUCCAAGCAGAGGCAGAACAGUACCCAGGCCAGUGCCAUCACCUUGGGCCGCACACAAGCUGGACAGGAGCCUGGACCAGGGGAAAAGAGAGCCUGUUGCAUCAACCUCUGACCGUGACUGUGGCUAACCUGCCGCCAGCCUUUGGGUGGCUCCCGUCCUCAGUGCAGGACUUUCCCUGCCCUUCGGUUCCUUGUCCAAGGCACCCAGAGCCCUAGGGUCACAGUGCCCCACUGCACAUGUCUCUAUUAUCUAUCCACACCCUGCCACAGACUAGGGCCUUCAAAUAAAGCUGUUUUGUAUCAA